UUAAAUUGCUACCUUAAAAUUAUGCUACUGUAAGGAUUUCGAUUCUAGAAUAUGUUCGAAAUAAUAGAAAUGCGAUUCCUGGCUUGUGUGUGUACGAUGUUUUAAAAUUAAGCAAUGAAUCGCUUUACGAAAGUAUUUGGUAAUAAAAAAUGCAAUAUAAUUGCGAUGGUACACGUUGAUGCUUUGCCAGGUACACCCGGAUACAAAGGAAAUUGGACGCAAAUUGUGAAGAAAGCUAAAAUGGAAGCAAGUAUUUACGUCAAACAUAAAGUGGAUGCCAUCUUAAUAGAAAAUAUGCAUGAUGUACCUUAUAUACAAAAUCGGCUUUUAGGCCCAGAAACCGUUGCUUGUCUAUCGAGAAUAUCAAACGAAAUUCGUCAAAUAGUUCCAUCCGCUCUACCUUGUGGACUUCAAAUACUGGCUUGCGGCAACAAACAAGCGUUAGCCGUCGCAAAAGCAUGUGAUUUACAAUUCAUUCGCGCAGAAGGCUUUGUAUUUGCACAUGUGGCAGAUGAAGGUUAUACAGAUGCUUGCGCUGGGGAGAUAUUGCGCUAUAGAAAGUAUAUUGAUGCUGAAAAUGUUCUGAUCUUCACCGAUUUAAAAAAGAAACACAGUUCCCAUGCCAUUACACAUGAUGUCACAUUAUUAGAGACCGCGAAAGCAGCAGAGUUUUUUUUAACGGAUGGUGUAGUGAUAACAGGCAAAUCAACAGGUUGUGCGGCUAAUAUGGAAGAUGUGGAUGAGGUAGCGGGUAACAUUAGUACUCCCUUGAUAAUAGGCUCUGGGGUGACAAAUACAAAUUUAAGGCAAUAUUAUGAAAGGGCCCAGGCAGUCAUUGUUGGUUCCUCUUUUAAGCUCAAUGGCUUCUGGGCGAAUAGUCUAUGUGAAAAAUCUAUUAAUAAGUUUAUGGAGGAAAUAGAAAAAUUAAGAAAUUAAUUAAGACCAUGAAUUAAAAUACCUCUGUUUAGUGAGAGGUUGUUGACAUGGCACAAUCAAAUCUUUUG